AUGGCUACGACUGGGGCAAGACUUUUCGCACAGUCUGGAUCUGCAAUGGCUUCGAAUGGUAUAAGCUUCAGUCAAACCGUCAACUCAUUGCAGCUGAGGGAAAAAGCAAGAAAGGCUGGAGUUCGAAUGGCUUCGACUCGUCUGCGCAUCAGCCAAACCUCCGGCUCAGCCUUGCAGAGGGAGGAAACAAGCAAGGCUGGAUCUCCAACGGCUUUGAAUGGUUUAGACAUCAACCAAGCUGCCAGCUCAGUCCCACAGAUAGAGGACACAAGGAAGGCUGGAGCUCGAAUGGCUUCGAUUGGUUUGCCCAUCAGUCAAAACCCCAACUCAGCAUUGCAGAAGGAGGAACCAAAGAAGUUUGAGGUGCUGUGGGCAAGGCUGCGUGCCGCCAGGCUGGAAGUCGAUGCAGGAGGUCUAUAA